AUGGAUCCGCUUGAAGCACUCCAAAAGCAUGUAGCUAAAGAAGUCCCAUUUCAAGAAGUGCAAUACAAUGGCGAAACUUACUACGCGUUUGGCGACAACGCCUAUCCAAAAAAUACACUUACAGGAAUUCCGAUUUACGGAAAAAAUGACGAAUAUUACACACUUGAGGCUAUUAUGGUCUUCUAUCAGAAUAUUGCAUUGGGACACGGUUUAUAUGUAAAAGAGGCGGCGUCAAGAGAUGUGAGAGCGAUUACACGUAUUGACAGAAAAAAUGUUCAAGAGUAUCUGGAAGGCAAAAAAGUGUCAGCGACGGCAAGCCGUCUUCCCGCGAACCCUCCAAUUUCUCUGAGGUCUAUAAUGGUGUCUGAGCCCGAAUCAAAGCGACCAAGAUUGGAUGAAGAAGCGGAAGAAAACAAGAGGAUUGCGGAUAAGGCGCAAAUUGAAGUGCGCGCGCUCAAUGAGAAUCUCACUGUGGAUCGAAUCGCCGAAAUGAGAAGGAAGCGUCAAAUGCACCAGAAGAAGAAUAUUGUGCCCACCGACGAGAGCGCGCCUGGCGGUUCAGUGACAACACAAGUCAAAGAGAUUCCAAAAGUGCGCGUCCACAAGACUCGCGAGAAUGUGAUGCUUGGCAAUCGCGAUCUCACAUCGGUUCUAGCAGUUCUCGAAUCGGCCAAGAGGCAAUGGGAAGAAGCUGACAAGAAGGAGAAGCUCGCCGCGAUUCACGCCAACAAUCCGCCGGCUGCCGAUCGAUCGAGCAUCCAGCAACAGCGCAGCGGAUAUUCCAGAUAUGCUCAGGAAACAUUUGCGCAUGACAAAUCGAGCGAGAUCCAAACAGAAAUGUCGUUUAUUGGUAGUAAUCUUCAUGCUCUCAAGAAGGGAGCUGGAUUGAGCAAAAUCGAGCAGCAUCACCAGCAACAAUCAAUAUUGAGCAAACCGAUGCCGACGACGCCUCUGACGACACCUGGUGGCAAACGGCCGUCGCGAACGCCGAUUAUCGUGGUCCCUGCGGCAUUAAACACAAUGAUCAAUAUGUACAAUGCUAGAGACAUUUUACAGCAUCUCACUUUUGUGCCGUCGGAAACGCGGCGAAAUGCGACGAAUAAGAAGCCGACGGAUCUCGUAUUGCAGCGAACAAAAUCUGGUCAAACUUACAAUAUACGGGUGAUAGAUAAUGUUGAUCGACUGGCUAGCGAGGAUUGGGAUCGAAUUAUCGCAAUUUUUGCAAUGGGUGUCGCUUGGCAGUUUAAAGGAUGGAAAUGGAAUGGAAAUCCGACGGUGAUAUUCAACAAUAUUCCGGCAUUCCAUUUAUAUUACGAUAAUGACAAGCCAACCGCUCAAGUGCAAAAUUGGAAUGUGCACAAAAUUCCGGUGGCGGUGACGAAACGACACAUGGAUAAAGCGCGAUUCAGCCAAAUGUGGGAGACGAUCGAGAAUUUUUGCCGAAAAAACAAACCCGAAUUGUGCGCGCGACUCGGGCUCCAUUGA